UGUGCUCGGCACCACAAAACUUUUGGAACAAUCGUUCCAUCACCCUUUGAUGGCUCGAGGAAUGAAAGCGUGGAUCCGGGCAUUGUUUUGCGCAGAGCACAGAGAGCAGCCUCUCGUCACGGCAUGCAAGGCAGACUGCCUCUUUUCGAAGCCAUUGCACGCACAAGAGUCGUUCGGCGGAGCAGCAGCAGCAGCAGCAAGAAACGCGUUUCGGGUACGGAGAGCCACAGCGGCGGACGACUGCAAGCGUUCCAAACCGGGAGGAGGCAGAGGCCAGCCCGUUUCUUGCAACAACGGUGCUACCGAACAGACCUUAGCAUCGGCAUUCGGACCCGCGGCAUUGCUUCUGCCACUCUUUCCAACCGGAACCGGGUGCCGCCGUCCGCGAUGCGGUCCGGAGACAGCGCAUCGAACCAGAACCAGCACGGGGAGGAGGAUCCCACCGAGACCGACGGCGCAAGCGGCAAGACUUCCGCCCAAGAGGCCGUCCUGGACGACCGCCCCUGCUGGGCUUUGGCGCCCGGGGCUCGCCACGGGCUGGGGGACCUCCUCUCCCUCGUCGACAAGGAGAAAAGCAUCGCCUACGACUCGCCGGGCUACCUGGUGCUCAACAAGCCCCCGGACCUGCGGAUGGACGGCCCCUACCCCUCCUCCGUCUUCAAGCUGCUGACCUACUGGUACCCCCCGCCGAGCCUGGAAGGGCUUGCGGAGCGGGCAAGCGGCCCAGCCGGAAGCGGGGGAGACCCCCUGCUCGAUGCCCUGGCCGGCCUGCACCGGCACAGCGACGUGCGGGACAACGCCCUGCGGCCCUGCCACCAGCUGGACUACGCCACGGUACGUUUUGAAUGGAAUGGACAAACCAAAGCCUGUUGCGAUGCCUUGCCUUGCCUUGCCUUGCCUUUGUUCUUGGCACUCACCCAUCGGCCGCUCGCACGAAAUUAACGAAACAAACAACCAAUGAACCAACAGUCGGGGGUUCUGCUGGUGGCCAAAACGCAGGAAGCGGCCGCCCACGUCGGCCGGCUCUUGGAGGACCGCCACGAGGGCGUCCGGAAAUCCUACGUGGCCGUCGUGGUGGGGGACAUGGCGCUGGCUCCGGCCACCGGCGAUGCGGAUGCCGGUGCCGGUGCCGAUGCCCAGCUAACGGGGAGUCCUGCCGGGGGUGCGACUGGUGUCCCGGUGUGGGAGGGGGGCGGCGGCCUCGCGGAGCUGCGGACCAAGAUGCGGCAGCUGGAGGGGGCCUACCGGAAGGAGCGGGCGGCGGUGGGGAAGGAGCACCGGAGGAGCAAGGGGGGAACCAGCGGCGGCGGCGGCAACGCCAAGAAGCGCGGGAACCAAUCGUCGACCUUUCCGGGCUUCCAGCCCGCGCAUUCCAUCUUUUUGAAGUGGAAGUCGAGGCUGGCAACACGCGGGGGUGCCGAAACGGCCGCCGGGGACACCAAGAGCCCCCGGAAGAAGCGCCGAAAGAAGGGAGGCCAUCCCCAAGGCGGAAGGACCCCGUUCCUCGCCGAAACGGAUUGGGAGGCCGUCUGGGAGCCCCUGGAGGAGGCGGUGGGAGGAAUCAUCGAGGAGGACCGCGAAAGGCUCUUGUCCGCCGUCCGAGCGGCGAGCUGGAAGGACCUCCGGAAGGACCACCCGUCCCUGGCGGAGGCGGUGGCCAGGGCGACCGACGUCCACAACGAGCGCUUCCGGAGCGCGCUCCUGCGGGCCGGGGAGCAACAGCGGGAAGAAAACGGGGGCGGUGGGGGGGAGGACCUCCCGACCGUCUUUCGGCUGCGGGCCGGCGACGAUAACGGAAACGACGACAACCACAACCACAAGAACAACGAUGGCGGCGGCGGCAACGACACCUUUUACGUGUGCUGCCCGCUGGCCCAGCACCCCGACCGGUUCCACAUGGUGGUUCCGGAGGCCGUGGCCGGCGAACACCCCGGCCGCCUCCCGCAGUCCCCCUCCAACGGUGCCACGGGCGGCCUCCGGUUCCGGCCCUCCCUGACCCGCUGCACCGUCCUGGAGCGCGGAAGGGUCGCUUCCAGCAGCGGAUCGGUCGCAAUCACCAAGGUCCGGCUCUUCCCCGUGACGGGCCGGCGGCACCAGCUGCGGGUGCACAUGGCCCUGGCCGGCUUUCCGAUCCUGGGGGACGCCACCUACGCGAGGCCGGGGGCGGCCCGGGGAGGCGGCGAACGCCGGGCCGGGAGCGGCCGGGGGUCCCUCUCCUCGCCCUUUCCGCGCAUGUGCCUGCACGCCGAGUCCCUGGAGCUCCCGUCGCUGCUCGGGGAAGAAAGCGGCUGGAGGGCCGAGGCGCCCGAUCCCUUUGUCUUUGGUCCGGACGGUUGCCUCCGGUGGAGCCUGGCGUGAGGCGAACGAAAGGGCAAAACGGGAACAGAACGCACCACCCACCGGGUGCCGAGAGACCGGACCGGCCAGCUUGUGGGUGGCUCCGCCGAAACAGAACGCAACACAACACAACAGUACGCUACAAUUGCAUACAGUGCUACCUGCUACCCUCUGCACUGUGAUCCUAAAGCACGAAACCCGUGCAGGGAAUCGGUGCGCACGACAUGGGUACGUUUUCAAAUCGAUUUCUAUUUGCUAGUGCUUUGGUUCGGUUCUGGACCGGAACGCAAAAAAAGCCGUAUACAAUUAAAAAAGAUAAUACACA